AAAGAUAGUAGCAAUAUGUUGUGGAAAUACUCAAUAAUCCUGCUGCUGUGUUCAAAUUGCUGUGUCUACUGCAACUUGGAUGAAGAUGUUGAUGCAGAGAUAACUAAAGCCAAACAAAAUAUCAUGAAAGUAGUGGUCAAGGCCAUAUAUGAUCUGAACGAAUGCGCGGAUAAUUUCGACGAAUCGGUCAAAGGUUUGAUCGAAGGCAGUUUGGAGCGCACAGAAGAGAUGGUUUUGAAUGCUACCACAAAAAUCAAAUAUCUAGUGAAAUUGGCCAAAGAAAAUGGUUCGGAUGUUGCUGAAUGCGUUCAAAAUCUGGAUAAUGAUAUGAAGAAAGUUAUGAAUCGUUUGAAAGAAGCUGGGAAUGAGUGCGUCAGCGAUAAGAAGUCAAAAAUUGAUGGGGUUGUGAUUAAUGUAAGUCACGAAGUUAAUUUUUUUCGUGUCCUUCUUUUGAAUAUCUUCGAGGGCGAUCUGAGGGUUUGCAAAGGGUCAGAUAAUUGUUUGGGUGAUUUGCUGAUGAGGGUCGUCAAUACCAGAUAUUACGUUCCUCCGCUGGUGAAGAAGAGAAGUUCAGAAAUGAAAACGAUCAUGGAGAAUUUGGAAAGUGGUGCUUCGGAAUGCAGCGAACGCGAAGAGAUGUACGCUUCCCAUGUCAUCAAUGAGAUUAUAGUCGAUUCCGCUCUGUGCGUUCACAAAGUGAUACCCGAAUUGAGAUUGAAAUAUAUAUUAAAGUUUGUAAUGAUCGGAAUUUGAUUUACGUGAAUUGAAAUGUUGGAAAAAGUAUUAAACUAUUAAAAAGCA